AUUUCGUAAGCUGUUGCAAAACCUAACAGAAUUAAGAUAUCUUCAUCUGAAAUAUGUGAAUAUGUCUUCAGUCGAAGCUAAUUCUUUGGUAAACCUAUCUUCUUCAUUGAUAUCGCUCAGGCUUGAUCACUGUUCGCUACAGGGCGAGUUCCCAAAUGAUAUUUUCCACCUUCCUUUCCUCCAGGAGCUACGUUUAUCAGGAAAUGAGGAUCUCUUUGGUCGUUCACCAAAAUCAAACUGGAGUAGUCCCCUCAGGUUUUUGGAUCUCUCUUCAACACUUUUUUCAGGAAUGUUGUACGACACAAUUGGUAAUCUAAUAUCAUUGAAUGAGCUGGAUCUUUCUUACUGCCAGUUCAUAGGAUCACUUCCAACAUCACUUUGGAACCUUACGGGACUCACUUUUUUGAAUUUGGGUUUCAAUAAUUUUUCUGGUCAAGUCUCAGGAUUGUUAUCAAACCUUGGCCAACUCAAUUAUUUAAAUCUUGAUGAGAACAAGUUUUCAGGCGAGUUUCCGGAUGUUUUUGGUAACCUCAGCAAGUUAAUUGUUGGAUCUGCUAAUGCAAAUAAUUUCACUGGUUAUUUGCCUCCGUCAGCAUUCAAUCACAUUCAACUUUUAGAAUUGGAUUUAUCCGAUAAUCAAUUCGAGGGCCACAUUCCACAGGUAUUUUGAAAAAUCUGAAGCUAUGAUGCGUGGAGAUAAAGGUAGUCCUGAAGUUGAUUACAUGGGGGUAUAUGACGGACGAUAUGCGCCGCCGGGAGCUUUUGAGUAUUAUUCAAUGGUUUUGGUGGUUAAAGGAGUUACUAUGGAAAUUGAGAGAAUUCUAUCCAUUUUAGCAGCCAUGGAUUUGUCAAACAACCAAUUCCGAGGAUCGAUUCCAGAAAUAGUUGGAAAGUUCAACUCACUCGAACUUCUUAACUUUUCUAACAACAACCUUAUUGGUCAUAUUCCAUCAUCAUUGGGAAAUUUGACAAAACUUGAAUCAUUGGAUCUGUCUUCAAAUAGGCUUGUUGGAGAGAUUUCCAAACAAUUGGCAAGUUUGACAUCUCUUGCAGUGUUAAAUCUUUCAUACAAUCAGCUUGCGGGACCUAUACCUAAAGGAUCUCAGUUUAAUACAUUUUCAAAUGAUUCAUACGUUGGAAACUUGGGAUUGUGUGGAUUUCCAAUGUCAAAAGAAUGUAGCAGUGA